UUCUGACGUCAGAGGUCCGUACAGUACAAAGUUGCGAGGAUCCUGGUGUAUCUGAUGCUAGCACGAUAACGGGCACACUGGCACCCUUACCAAAUGAUGGUAAUCUUUCACUUUAAUAGAUCAGUGACAAGAUUCAUGAAUGCCACAUUUUCGCGUUAUUCAGUCUAGUCAGACUGAAUGAAGAUUAAAUGGCCCGUGGAGAGUCACAGGGCACCCCGGGCUCAAGACACACGCUACUCUUCUCUACGCCACAGCCCGCCACGGUCGCCUUGUUUAGGUGCUCUGGCCAGCAGUUAUUUGCAAUGAAAUUCCUUGUGCUUCUCGCCAUGGGCGCCGCCGUGACUCAGGCAAGCAAUACGCCUCCGCCUCCCCUCACGGAGGAGAAUAGCUGUUCAGGCCUCAAGGACGAUCGCUCCCUUCUGUCCAGUCUACUAACGGUCGCAGGCUACAGUGACACUUGUGUGGCCGCCGCCCUGGACUCCUGUAGGACAGGCCGAGAGGACACCCGCUACGCAUCCCUCGUAGAGGAGGCGAGGGAAGUGGUGCAGCAGGUCAGUGCUGCUGUAAACAAAUGGGAGUCUCGGCCGCGUCACUGCAAGGACUUACUGGACUCCGGGGACAGCGGGAGCGGCCUGCGCCAGGUAUACCCUUACCCUGGGCGACCCCACCACCGCGUGCCCGUGUUUUGUGACCACACCGUCGACGGCGGGGGAUGGACCGUCUUCCAGCGGCGCACCAGUGAUGCCAUCCGCCAAGAUUUCUACCGCACUUGGGUCGAGUAUCAGUUGGGCUUUGGUGACCUGGAGGGUGAAUUCUGGCUGGGCCUUGACCUUCUGCACCAGCUGACCUCCACCACCCUGCAGCAGCUACGAAUUGACCUGGACGAUUACGAGGGGGAACAUCGGUGGGCUAAGUAUGGAUUCUUCCACGUGGGCGCACCAGAGACCAAGUUCCGCCUCAGUGUUGGAAGAUACGGCGGUGACGCAGGAGACAGCCUAUCAGGCCAGAGCGGUUACCCAUUCAGCACCCACGAUGCUGACAACGACACGUGGCAUGACAACUGUGCUAAGAAAUUCCGGGGAGCUUUUUGGUAUGCUGCUUGUCACAAAGCAAACCUAAACGGCUACCAGUUUAUGGGCAACCACACCUCUUUCGCCGAUGGCAUCAUCUGGUAUGAAUGGAAGGGCCACCACUACUCCCUGAAGCGAACGUCCAUGAUGACCCGCCCCGCCUUCUGAUCCGCUCUCUUGUUGGCUGUGGCCGGCAUGGUGGGAGGAUACAACAUCAGUACAGGAGAGAAAGGAGACCUAUUUCUCACUUUUUUUUUACAUUGGAUGAGGCGGCGUCUAACAACUUGAUUCUGCUGAUAAUCGUAGUGGUGUUUCGAACACAGGAAGAGGGAAAUUCCUUUAUUGCUCUUUCGAAAGCACUAUUUUGAUGCAUAAUUAUAGGUGAGUACAAAGUAAUAAUCAAUUCAAGGCAUAGUUAUCUGGGUCAUCCAGGCGUGAUCCUCGCCUGACCUGAUCUGACCUGCCCAAGUGAGUGAGAGGUGAGGGCAGCCGUGUCUUUCCUGUGGCAAACCGCUGCCUCUCGCUAUCGUUGUGUACAUUAUAAUACUUUAUUAAAGGCCAGCGUCAC